AUGGUUGGGAUUCUUCUUGCGCCGUACAAUGACUCUAUGCGCUUAGGCCAAGGGUAUAAUUCAUUCCUCCAUACGCCCUGUGUGCACGAUGCCGUCAAAAUCGAGGAUGACAAUAUUGUCACCAAGCCGGCCGAUCAAGCCGGCAAGGUCUCACAAGUCGUCAACUACACGUCCCGUUUUGUGGACAAGAUCUCCGAAGUCGCCAAGAGCAUGAAUGUCAGCGCAGGCUCGUCGAUCAAGAACGGAGGAAUUAUUGCCUCUGGAAGUACUUUGACCUUGGACGAAGCCAAGUUCGCAUCCAGCGACCUCAAUGCGAUUGUAUCAGUGAAAGUCAUCAACCAGACAACGGAGAUCUUGGACAGUGCCAUUUUUGAGCCUAUGCAGGGGAUCUACUUCAAUAGUGAGAAGUUCUUCAAUAUCUAUGGCAAUUGCUACAUCUCAGGAUUUAUUGAAGGAGGUGAUUUCACCGCCAUCCUGUCAGCCAGGGUUUUGGACAUUGCGAACAAAGGCGAUGUCGAGCGGGCCUUGUUCCCCAGGAUCAAAAGUCAAGUCAAUAGCAGCGGUGGAGGAGAGACAAACUUCACCCUGAAUGAAGCUGCGGGCACCUCAGCAAUCAGCUCCGCCAUGAGCAAGACCGAAUCUACCAUCACGGUCAGUUGGUCGGGAGGUGGUCAGAUCAAGCCUGGUGAGUUGGCAUACAUGAUGGAUGCUUCUUUCGAUGCGGUUACCUUGUACUCAUACCUACUUGCAGAAAAUGAGGAAUGGACACUCGAGACUCUGUACAAAGCCGCAGCUGCUUUCCCAGCCAAGGUAGCUAACUGUCCUCAAAAGACAUGGGCUAUCUUGACUCCCUACAAUCAUACCAAGAACUUUGUCGCUUGGGCUGAGAAGAACGAUGUCAGGAUUCCUCAAUUUGAUGUCGCUCAGGUUUUCACCAGCGACCUGCUGGACAUGUACAUGGAGUACAAGAACUGCGUGACUCGCAUCCAAGCAGUCCUCACCAACCCGCUCGACUAUGUGCUGAGUCCCGUACCCGAUGCUGUUGGUAUUAGUGUCCGCGAGCUUCUCAACAUCCGGAAACACAUGAAGCUGCAAAUGAAACUCAUCAGCAGAGAUGUGGAUAAAAUUGCGAUGCACCCCGAGAAUGUGGACCAGAUCGAAUCAGCCUCUAGCAUCGAGCCUCCAGAGCUGUGGUCCAACCGACUGCCCAUCCUGCGUAAAGUUGCCAACGAUGGCAACUGGACACCAGCCCAAGCGGCCGAGGAACUUGCCAAGUUCUCCUUUGCCGCCUCUGCACCGCCAAAGGGUCCUCCUGCGUCCGCAACAUCGUCCACACCAGCGCCAACCCUCACGCCCCAAUCGUCCCUCAACAACUCGAUUGAAGCCUCCCUAGCUUCGGUGCAGCAAUCGGUGGCUGCUGCGGCGUCUCACUCUCCGCCCGCACCUAUAGAGCCCAGCCAGCCAGCGCCUUGCUCCCCUGAAGUGGAACAGAGCAUGACCGAACAAGAAAAGUCGAUUCUCCUCUCUGCAGCUGGUCGGAACAAGUUCCGCAACUACCGGUUUGAUCAAACUGUCGGAAGUCCCGGCGGAGGCUUCUUCUCCGAUGCUAUCGAGCUGACCAAUUCAUUGGCGCCUAUUGCUUGGCCACAGAGGAUUGAAAUUCACAUGGUUCGUUGGGACACCUCACAGGUCAUUGGGUGGAUCAAAACGGCAUAUGAGCAGAUGGUUCUCACUCGUGGAAAUGACCGUGGCCACUCUCUGGGUAGUAUUGUCCUUAAUUUCGCGGCAGAAGAGUAUAUCACCAAGGUUCGUCUUGCCAAGGGGCCAAUGGUCUGGGGAGCCGAAGGCAUCGCCUUUAUUGAGAUUACUACAAAUACUGGCCGCGUGGAAAGAUUGGGUGACUCUGCAGGAAAACAAGUCGUCGAGACUUCAGCUACGAGCGAGUAUACGGGAUUGAAGGGCUUCUACGGCACAUCUGGAGACAUUGUGGACAGGCUUGGACCCGUCUGGGGUGAAGGGGCACUGUAG